AUGGCGCCAACCGGGUUACUCUCGGUCCUUCUGCUGCUUCUCCACGCCUUCAUUGUCCGCACCAACGCCGCCCGCGAGUGCCAGUCCACGGACUGCUACCGAUACUACAACAAGCAGACCCGCAAAUACUUCGUCGAGAAGUGGCCCUUGGUUAAUUGGCCCACGGGCGAGUUCUACGCUGGCAACGUCCCCAUCGACGAGUCUGAUCCUUCCCGAAGCUUGUUCUUCGUCUUCAAGCCCGCUUCGGAUGCUCCAGUGAACGAGACAACCAUCUGGCUGAACGGCGGGCCGGGAUGCUCGUCACUCGCUGGCUUCCUGCAGGAAGUUGGUCCCAUUGAAUGGGCCCCUGGCCAACUGAAGCCUGUCAAGAACCAGCAGUAUGCAUGGUCUAAGAUCACGAACAUGCUGUGGGUGGAGUAUCCAGUGGGAGUGGGGUUUACGACCGGUGAAAUCCGUGCGAGGAACGAGGUUGAUGCCGCAAAGGACUUCGUGGGUUUCUUCAAGAACUUCCAGAAGCUGUUCAGCAUUCAGGACUACAAGACAUAUGUCACGGUACUGUCUGAACAACAAUGA